AUGUCCGACGACGAGUUCGACAUCACCAAGUCGUUAGCGCUGUUCAACACGGCAGAGCUGGACUCGGACCUGGACUCCGACUCCGGGUCGGGCUUUGCCGGCUUCGGCGCCACUGAGGAACCCCAAGAUAUCAUCAGCGACCUGGAAGAUGAUAGCGACGACGACGCCGCCAAAGCCCCCGCUAAACGGAAAAAGCAGGAAAACGGCAAGAUGGAGUUCCCCAAGUUGGAAGCCGAUGCCGACGACGACGACGACGCCGGCGAAAUGGCGGCGUAUUUCACCACAAACAGUGCCCUGGCCAAGAAGGCCAAAGCGGGGACUUUUUCGUCGUUUGGGCUUCUGAAUACCAUUUUAAAGAACAUUGCCAAGAAAGGGUACCGUCAGCCAACGCCCAUCCAGCGGAAAACCAUCCCUUUGAUCAUGGAGAACCGUGAUGUCGUGGGUAUGGCCCGUACCGGUUCCGGGAAGACCGCGGCGUUUGUGCUUCCCAUGAUCGAGAAACUCAAAGCCCACAGUGCCAAGGUGGGUGUGAGAGCCGUGAUCAUGUCGCCGCUGAGAGAGUUGGCGCUCCAGACGUACAAACAAGUGAGGGAGUUCUCGAAAGGUACCGACCUCCGCCUGAUCGUGUUGAUCGGGGGUGACUCCCUUGAGGACCAGUUCCUGGCGAUGAUGCUGAACCCUGACAUUGUCGUCGCCACCCCCGGUCGUUUCCUCCACUUGAAAGUGGAAAUGGAGCUUAGUCUCUCCACGGUCGAGUACAUCGUGUUUGACGAAGCCGACCGGCUUUUCGAAAUGGGGUUUGCCGAACAGCUCAACGAGUUGCUUGCGGUGUUGCCCUCGCUGCGACAGCUGCUUUUGUUCUCGGCUACAUUACCCAAAUCGUUGGUGGACUUUGCCAAAGCCGGGCUCACCAACCCGGUGUUGGUGCGCCUCGACGCCGAGACCAAAGUGCUGGACCAGUUGCAGAUGGCGUUUUUCACCACCAAACGUAACGAGAGAGAAGCCACUCUCUUACACGUGUUGCAGUCAGUGAUCAAAAUGCCGGUAGCCACGGAAGAACAAAAGAAGAAACUUCACGCGAUCGAAAACCGGCAAAACUUAGACGACGAGGAAGCCGAACAGGAGGAAGAAGAAAACCGCAAACUGCUGAAGAAGCGUCCCAGAUUCAAGAGAGAAAGAUUACCCCCCGCCAACCAGUUACCGCUGCCGCAAUCGACGAUCAUAUUUGUCCCCACCAAGCACCACGUCGAAUACGUCACCAUGCUCUUGCGUGAUGCUGGCUACCUUGUGCUGUACAUCUACGGGACUUUAGACCAGCGAGCACGGAAGAAUCAGUUGUACCAGUUCAGAAUCGGGGCUACCACCAUCAUGGUAGUCACUGAUGUUGCCGCCCGUGGUAUCGAUAUCCCCGUGUUGGCGAACGUGAUCAACUACACGUUGCCGCUGUCGCUGAAGAUCUUUGUCCAUCGUGUGGGGAGAACUGCCAGAGCAGGUAACGCGGGUUGGGCGUAUCUGAUCGUGCUGGAAAAAGAGCUCCCCUACAUGUUAGACUUGGAGUUGUUUUUGGGUAAAAAAGUGCUUUUGACGGCGAUGCACGAGAAGAAGAAGGAGCUUCUCAAACAACGCCAGGGCAACGCCUACGUCGAACCUAAAGUGCUGUACACUCAACGAAUGGUGAUGGGGCUGCCGCCCCGCUUGGAGCUCGAAGGGUGCCAGGAGUUCUACGAUACGUUGUUGGCCAAUCACUACGAGAUGAAGGUUAUCCGGGACGUGUCAGUUAAAGCGGAGAAGUUGUACUACCGUACGAGACAACCGGCGCUGACCGACUCGGUGAAGCGGGCCAAGGAGCUCGUCGACACGGGGGUGUGGGACGAGCAGCACUUGCUUUUCGGGGCCAACCCUGAGAAAGAAAAACAGGCGUUUUUGGAAAAGUUGACUCAGCGCAACCUGAAGGAAACGGUGUUCGAAUUUUUAAAGAAAGGCGAUCAACGCGACGAGAAUCUGAUGGCGGCGUUCAUGCAGAAACGCCGUCGCCAACUUGCUCCGAUCCAACGUAAAGCCCAAGAGAAGCGGGAGUUAAUGGAAAAGGAACGACUUGCUGGUUUGUCCCGAGGCAUCGAGGAGGAAAUUUUUGAUGAGAAGGAUGAGGUCGGCUACUCGGUUAGAAAAGACGCCACCGUCGAUGACGACGAGUUGCUGGCUGCGUUUGAGCAGGAGCCCCUGACCAGUAAACGGUUUAGAGAUCCCACGUUCUUCAUGUCCCACUAUGCUCCGGCACUGCUGAUCCAAGACCAACAGCUUCAACUCGGCAACACUUUCGCCCUGGACGCUGCGGGGGCCACAUUCGAUUUGGCCGACGACGACGGGCCCAAGCAUCUGAAACAGAUCAUGAAGUGGGACCCCAAGAAGAAGAACUAUGUCAACCAGAAGCUGACGGACAAGAAGUAUAUCAUUGGCGAGCUGGGUCAGCGUAUUCCUGCGUCGUUCCGCUCCGGUAAGUUUGACACCUGGAGAAAGCAACGGAAUGUGGCUCAACUCACCCCUGGUCAGCUUGAAAGCGACGUCAAGUUGGGCAACUUCAAGCCCAAGCACAACCAGACUAAGGCACCGAAGUUGCCGGAUAAGUUCCGCGAUGACUACCACAAACAAAAGAAAAAGGUGGAAAAGGCGGUGGAGCUGGGAAGACUGGUCAAGGGGUACAAUCGGCCGGGGCAACGACUGGAACUCCAGUCCACGGAACAGAUCCGCAAGGCGAGACAACUCAAGGAGAAGCGGAAGGCGAAAAACGCCCGUCCGGCAAAGAAGAAGAAGUACUAG